UCGAGUAGUUUGACUUUUUAUUGUUUACACCAUCCAUGAUUCGUGGCUCGGGAUCUAUUGAGCAGCCUGGCCCGGGCUAACACGAAGCGAAAGCGGGUGUUCGGUCUGUCUACCUUAGCUGUCAAACACCUUGAAAUUAUCACUGUCGUUUUGUAGACUUAUCGAACCACAGUUGAUUUGCUAAUUUAAUGUAACUGUAUCCGUUGACUGAAUGAGACGUUUGGGGACCGACAGACAACCGGGCACCAGACUGGUCGUGAAGCGAGCAGUACCGCAGCCUUGCGUCAAAAACCAGCUAACGCUAAACAGCGGUAGGACAGGUCAGCAAGAAAGACGGGCAGCAGCCACGUUACCUCGGUAGCUAGCCAGACAGCCGGCAGGAUAUUUUUGGCACGAUUGCUAGCAAACGCAUACUCAGGUUCGUGCCAACUAGUCCAACAUCUGUGCCAAAGCUGUCAACUCCACGGCGGUUUCAGUGGAAGUGUAGCUAAUCCUGACACGGUGUUUGGACUUUACACCAAAUAUCUGUGUGAACCCACGUUACCGCGACAUUUAAAGCAUAGGUAAAGCUAGGGGAUUUGUUUAACUGCGUAACAGCUUGUCAAACUGAACAGGGGCUUGACUGCUAACAUAUGAGGCCCGGUUAAAAAGAUGGACCUCAAUUUUUAUUCGGAUUUAACGGACGGUACCGGGCAGCACGAUGGUGACCCAGAGUUCUUGGAUCCGCAGUCUUUCAAUGGGUUUGACUCCGACAACAAGUUCCCUGGAGCCAGUGACAACUACCUGACAAUUUCGGGGUCCAGCCAUCCCUUCCUCUCCUCCUCAGAGACUUUUCACACUCCCAGCCUCGGCGAUGAGGAGUUUGAGAUACCUCCCAUCUCUUUGGAUCCAGACUCAGCCCUCACCGUGUCAGAUGUUGUGUCCCAUUUUGGGGAGCUGUCAGGCACAGGUCCCUCCGACAGUGUGGUGGUACCCAGGAACGCUGUGGUUGAAGGGGACGAUCCUUCGUUUGCCUCUACUUUUGUCAGCGCCCCCUCACAGGGCCUUGAGCACCUAAGCCUGGAAGUCAUGAGCCAGCCAGGAGGAAGCGCCUUGUUAGGGUCGUCACUAGGAAUGGAUCUUGGCCAUCCCAUUGGCUCUCAGUUCAGCAGCUCCUCCCCAGUGACUAUUGAUGCCCCGCUGGCUGACAUGAGCCAGGGCUUGCUGGGGUCGAACCAGCUGACCACUAUCGACCAGUCAGAUCUCAGUGCUCAGCUGGGACUUGGCCUUGGGGGCGGGAACAUCUUACAACGCCCUCAGUCGCCGGAACACCCUCUGUCGGCCACGGCAUCACCCACCAGCUCGCUGCAGGAUGAUGACAUGGAUGACUUCAGAAGGAGUGUCCUAGUUGAAUCUCCAGUCUCUCUGGCUGUCUCUCCCGGAGUCAUCUCCCUUGAUCCUUCUCUGUCUGAGUCCCCACUCUCUGCCCCGACCUCAAGCAUCUCUCCAGCUGUUGGACGGAAAGGAGGAGCAGGAGGAGGGAAGAAAGGGAAGAAGAAGAAAGACCCCAGCGAGCCUCAGAAACCUGUGUCGGCCUACGCUUUGUUCUUCAGGGAUACACAGGCAGCUAUUAAGGGACAAAAUCCUAACGCUACGUUCGGAGAGGUUUCUAAGAUAGUGGCCUCCAUGUGGGACAGUCUGGGGGAUGAGCAGAAACAGGUUUACAAGAGGAAAAACGAAGCAGCGAAGAAGGAUUACUUGAAAGCAAUGGCAGAGUACAGAGCCAAUCAGAUUUCUCAGGUCCCCAUUGAGGUAAUGGACACCUCCCCAUCUCCUCCAUCUGCAGCACCCACACCCACAGUCACAGCUACACCCGCUGCCACCCCAGCCACUCGCCCCACAAGGUCCCAGCAUUACAACCCUGAGGAGAACACCAUCACCAACAUAUGUACCUCCAACAUCAUUCUGGACCUGCCUCAGGUCACCACACGCUCCCGUACUGGUGCCAUCAAACCCCAAACUUCACCCUCUACCACUACCUCGAACCCCCCUACUGUCACUAAGAUCAUCAUCAAACAGACACCGCUGCCCUCUGGUGGUAUGGCGCACAGCACGCCCUCGCCACGGCAGCCACCACCGCUUCAGCAGAUGCAGAGCACUCCUCCUCCACCUCGACUGCAGCAAAUGGUACAUGCACAUACUCCUCCGCCAUUGCAAGCUAAACCCCGAGGCGGAGGUGCAGCUGCUACGACAGUUCCACCUCCCCUGCAGAUUAAAGUUGUCCCAGUAUCACGACAGUUGGAUUCCACCACACCAAUCAUUGUGACGUCAGCCAGUGAAACGGCUACAUCAGUUACCACCUCCUCUGCUGUGACGGUGGAGAUGGCAGAUUCUGCUGCUGUGGUGACAGGAGGAGGAGAGGACGUGGCAGAGGAAGGGAUGGAGGUUGAGGUGAAUAUUGCCCCUGGCCCAAGUGUGACUACCUCUGCCAGUCCAAACCUUUGUGUGCGUGCCGGCUGCAACAACCCCGCCGUGGAGAGCAAAGACUGGGACAAGGAGUAUUGUAGUAAUGAGUGUGUCGCCACACACUGCAGAGAUGUGUUCAUGGCCUGGUGUGCAAUCCGAGGGCAGAAUUCUACCACCGUCACAUAGGACAAGAGCAUUUCUAAUGGAGGAGUGCUGUACAAACAGGAAAGGACAGAGAUGACUCUAGAAAUGCAAAUGGACAGAGGAGUGAAUGAAUGAAUGAAUGAAUGAUAGCCAGUUCGGCUCAGGUAUCAGCACAUAAUGCUUUAUUGUAUCAAGUCAUACCAGAUUUCAGCCAGCUGCAGGAAAUUAUUUAAGUCUGUACAAUGUACUGUCUCCGAGGCUCAGUCAUCUGCACAAAUGGUGUUUCAACAGAAUAAAGCAGUUUCAGAUACAGCAGUGGGAGUGACGGCUCAUAACAAGGUGAAUGGAUGAGGAAAAAAAAUACUGAGGAAAACCCAAAGAAAAACAAGAGACUUGGGUGUGCUGCUCCAGGGUUUCCUGAUCAUGAUCAUUGUGAAUUUAAGUAAUGGACUUGAUAAAAAAGAAAAAGAAAAACAU